UUUUUUUGCAGGUGAAAAAAAUGAAAUCAGAGAUUUCUGUUCAGGGCCACUAAUCUUGAGAUGCCUACAUAGAAGUGUGACAGCAGCUGAACUGAAUGUUUCACUGCUGAACUGGUUCCUCAGGUAUCCUGGCUCUGGCAACUGCUAUGGGAGAUUGGAUGACGGUUACAGAUCCAGGUCUGUGUUCAGAAAGCAAAAACAUCUCUCAACAUACCUCAGAAACAAAGAUGUCUCCAUCAAGUCUAUACUCACAGCAAGUGCUCUGUUCUUCAAUACCUUUAUCAAAAAAUGUGCACAGUUUUUUCAGUGCCUUCUGCACAGAAGAGAAUAUUGAACAAAGUAUUUCAUAUCUUGAUCAGGAAUUGACUACUUUCGGUUUUCCUUCAUUAUAUGAAGAAUCCAAAGGUAAAGAGACAAAGAGAGAAUUAAAUAUAGUUGCUGUUUUAAACUGUAUGAAUGAGCUACUCGUACGUCAGCGGAAGAACCUUCUAGCUCAGGAAAAUGUGGAAACACAAAAUCUGAAACUGGGAAGUGAUAUGGACCAUCUGCAAAGCUGCUAUGCAAAGCUCAAGGAACAACUGGAAACCUCCAGGAGAGAAAUGAUUGGGCUUCAGGAAAGAGACAGACAAUUACAAUGCAAGAACAGGAAUUUGCAUCAGUUGCUGAAAAAUGAGAAAGAUGAGGUACAAAAAUUACAGAAUAUCAUUGCAAGUCGAGCUACUCAAUAUAAUCAUGAUAUGAAGAGAAAAGAACGUGAAUAUAAUAAACUAAAGGAACGUCUACAUCAACUUGUUAUGAACAAGAAGGAUAAAAAAAUAGCUAUGGAAGUUUUAAAUUAUGUGGGGAGAGCUGAUGGAAAAAGAGGCUCUUGGAGGACUGGUAAAAGUGAAGCAAGGAAUGAAGAUGAAAUGUAUAAAAUUCUCUUGAAUGAUUAUGAAUAUCGUCAGAAACAAAUCCUAACAGAAAAUGCUGAACUUAAGAAGGUUCUUCAGCAAAUGAAAAAGGAAAUGAUUUCUCUUCUUUCUCCACAAAAGCAGAAACCUAUAGAAAAAGCAGAUGAUAGCACAGGAACUGGUAUCUCUGAUGUUGAAGAAGAUCCUGGGGAACUGAGUAGAGAGAGUAUAUGGGACCUUUCCUGUGAAACUGUGAGAGAGCAGCUUACAAACAGCAUCAGGAAACAGUGGAGAAUUUUGAAAAGUCACGUAGAAAAACUUGAUAACCAAGUUUCAAAGGUCCACUUAGAAGGUUUUAACGAUGAAGAUGUAAUUUCACGACAAGACCAUGAGGAAGAAACCGAAAAACUUGAGUUAGAAAUUCAGCAGUGUAAAGAAAUGAUUAAAACUCAACAACAGCUUUUACAGCAGCAGCUUGCUACUGCAUGUGAUGACGAUACCACUUCACUGCUACGAGACUGUUAUUUGUUGGAAGAAAAGGAGCGCCUCAAAGAAGAGUGGUCCCUAUUUAAAGAGCAAAAAAAGAAUUUCGAGAAAGAAAGACGAAGCUUUACGGAAGCUGCCAUUCGCCUAGGAUUGGAGAGAAAGGCAUUUGAAGAAGAAAGAGCCAGCUGGUUAAAGCAACAGUUCUUAAAUAUGACUACUUUUGACCACCAGAAUUCAGAAAAUGUGAGACUCUUCAGUGCCUUCUCAGGAAGUUCUGACCGGGACAAUCUUACAGUGCACUCAAGACCACGACAGAAGCCCUAUAGGGUGUCUAAUGGGUCUCCAGUUUGUACCUCUAAACUCACAAAAUCUCUUCCUGCUUCUCCUUCAACUACAGACUUUUGCCAGACGCGUUCCUGUGUAUCUGAACAUAGUUCAAUCAAUGUGCUGAAUAUGACUCCAGAAGAGACUAGACCAAAUCAGGUUGGAGGAGAAUGUGCAAAUCAGAAAUGGAGCGUGGCAUCGAGACCCGGGUCACAGGAAGGUUGCUGUAGUGAGUGCUCCUGGACCUCCACAAAUUCUCAUGUAGAAAAAGAUGGUUUGCCUUAGUCAUGUGGACUGGGACUUUUUUCAUUAAUAUGUACAUCAAAUUGCACAUCUAAAUUGAAACAGGGUGUGUCAUAAAGUCGGUCAUCUCUAAUAAUUUAAGGUGGUCUGAGUUGUUUGUUUGGACUUCCUAUUUUUCCCCCAAAGAACUAAAAUGUUAAAUCUAUUUAAAAGGAUAUAAAGGUUUGGAUAUGUAUUUUUAGUAACAGAAGCAUCUGGUUCUGUGAAUAAAGGAAUGUAUAGCUGUUUGGAUGGAAACAAAAGCACUAGAGUGAGUUUCCUCUUAUAGGUAUUAAAAAUAGCACUUUUAGUAAAUGGACUGUUGUAAAUGUUUAAUUUUGUCCCAUAUAUAGUUGGCAUUGAGAGUUUAGCCUUUACUUGAAUGUAUACUGUAGAUUUUUAACAAAGCAAGUUCUAUAUUUAUUAUGUUUAGUGUGAUUUGAAAUUUGUUCUUUAAUGUUUUAAAUAAAGUGAAAUUUAUGUAUGUUUUGUACAUAGAUAUACAUGAUUAUGUUAAGAGGCUUUAAGAUCGAAAAGUUUUACACACCCAUAAUUAUAGUAUUUCAUGCCAAUAAAAUUUUUAUUAGUGGGAUUUUGUUUACAAGUGUAUUAGAGACAUUGCCACAUUACGCUUAAGAAUUUUUUGAACUCAUUAGAGCAAUAAAUACUUAAAAGGUA